GUUCGCAUCAUCAGGUAGAUAGUCGAUUAUAUACUCCGCUAGCUAGUACACAAGCAUGUCAUGUGGAUCUUGUUGAUAUAGUUUUGACUAAGGAGUUAUUAAAGACUAUAAUACCCAUUUUUGCGUUUUGGCAAAAUACAUCGUCUUUGAUUGGAUUAUUCGGAUAUAAAGGAAUAACCUCGUUAUUUCAGAUUUUGAGAAAAGAGGAAAGGUAAAUAUUCGGCUUCCCCAUCAACAGAGAAAACAGAUUAUUCCACGAAGGAAAGAUAUUCUGAUCAUUCUUCACAAUGGGUGAUUCAGGGAGAUCAAAGUCGCCCUCAUCGGUCGAGAUGCUUCGAAACACCCAGGCGAUGCCAAGCGAUCAUCUCUUCUUCGCCCUCUUCGUCACUAUCUUCUGCUGCCUACCUAUCGGCAUCGUCGCUCUCAUCAAAUCAAUUCAGGUUAAAGACAAAUAUAAAGCAGGCGACUUCGAGGGCUCACUCGAAGCCUCUAAAUCUACAAAGAACUGGUCGAUAGCGGGCGUUAUCAUCGGACUCAUCAUGCUCGUCAUCUGCAUAAUAAUGCUCGUAUAUUUCAUCAUCGAAUACAAAGGCAAGAACAAAGCCCCUCUGAACCCGGAUGUCGGCGACGGAAGUUAUCUGGACACUCACUCCGUUUCGUCAUCAUGGGGCGAGGUGCAUUUUGGGUAGACUUACGCUUACAUGAUCGUAGCUGUCUUCUAUUUUCAGUUUAAAAACCAUGGAAAGGACAAAACCGAGAGACCCCGAUGUAACAGUUAGACAUCCGCACAGGCCCUUUCAUGAGGCCAUUUUCGCAACCACUACGCAAACUCUGCUUACAUAACGCAGAGAAUCUUUUGUCAAAAGCCAUUCAUGACAAAACAGUCUUUGUCGAAAAUGGUCGAAUCAAAACAGAGUGUCGUCCUGCUCCGGACAAACGACAUAAUUAUUUGCAAUUUUCGUCCGGUCAGAAUCUUCGGAAGAUCUGUUUUCCCGGACAACCAAAUUUUGAAAAAAAACUCUCGGCUGUCUAUUUUGCUUUGACUCUCGAAGGAAUCGAUGCGUUGUAAAAAGCGUCUGCUAAGUGAUUGCGAAAAUAUCCUGAUAUCAACGAGAGAAUGGCAUUCUGGGUAAAAUGAUAGCGAUGUGUGCAACACGCU